AUGGGGCUCACCAAGCAGUACCUUCGCUAUGUUGCCAGCGCAGUCUUUGGCCUCAUUGGCAGCCAGAAAGGCAAUAUUGUCUUUGUGACGCUUCGUGGGGAAAAAGGCCGCUACGUGGCAGUGCCAGCCUGUGAACAUGUUUUCGUCUGGGACUUAAGAAAAGGCGAGAAGAUCCUUAUCCUUCAGGGGCUUAAACAAGAAGUCACUUGCUUGUGCCCCUCCCCAGAUGGGCUGCACUUAGCUGUUGGUUAUGAGGAUGGGUCUAUUCGAAUCUUCAGUCUCCUGAGUGGGGAAGGAAAUGUAACCUUCAAUGGUCACAAAGCAGCCAUCACUUCCUUGAAGUAUGAUCAGCUGGGAGGCAGGCUGGCAUCUGGGUCCAAGGACACAGAUAUUAUUGUGUGGGACGUGAUCAAUGAAAGUGGCCUCUACCGUCUAAAGGGGCACAAGGAUGCCAUCACACAAGCCUUGUUCCUACGAGAAAAGAACCUGCUAGUCAGCAGUGGGAAAGAUACCGUGGUGAAAUGGUGGGACCUUGAUACCCAGCACUGCUUCAAAACGAUGGUUGGCCACCGAACUGAGGUGUGGGGAUUGGUUCUGGUGUCAGAAGAAAAGCGACUCAUCACGGGGGCUUCAGACAGUGAGCUGAGGGCCUGGGACAUAGCCUACCUGCAAGAGAUUCAAGAUCUAGAAGAACCAGAGCCCAAGAAAAUCAAGGGGUCGUCCCCUGAAGUACAGGACACACAUGAAGCCGAGAAUGGUGCCCUCGAGGUGGACGAGGCUCCUGAGGAUCGCAUCCUCACCUGCAGAAAAGCUGGCUCCAUCCUGCGGGAAGGAAGGGACAGAGUCGUGAACCUCUCGACCGACAAAACAGGCAGAAUGCUUGCUUGCCAUGGAACUGACUCUGUACUGGAAGUGUUCUGCAUUCUCUCCAGGGAGGAGAUUCAGAAGAAAAUGGAUAAGAAGAUGAAGAAGGCCAGAAAGAAAGCCAGAUUAAACUCCGGCAAAGGGGAGGAAGAAGACCUGGAAGUCAGUGUUGAAAUGACUCUGCAAGAUGAAAUCCAGCGGGUGGCAAACAUCAAAACAUCUGCCAAAAUCAAAUCCUUUGACCUGAUCCUCUCACCGCAAGGAGAGUUAAAGGCUGUCUUCCUGCUGCAGAACAACUUGGUGGAAUUGUAUUCACUGAGCCCGGCAGCGCCUGCCCCUCAGCCUGUGAGGACGAGCAGGGUCACCCUUGGGGGCCAUCGCAGCGACGUGCGGACCUUGUCCUUCAGCUCCGACAAUAUCGCUGUCCUUUCUGCGGCAGCCGACUCCAUUAAGAUUUGGAACAGGUCUACACUGCAGUGUAUCCGCACAAUGACCUGCGAAUAUGCGCUUUGCUCAUUCUUUGUACCUGGUGAUAGGCAGGUGGUCAUCGGAACAAAGACCGGACGACUGCAGCUGUAUGACUUGGCCUCGGGGACCCUGCUGGAGACAGUGGAUGCCCAUGACGGGGCUCUGUGGUCCAUGUCUCUCUCUCCAGACCAGCGUGGCUUUGUGACAGGUGGUGCAGAUAAGUCUGUCAAGUUCUGGGAUUUUGAGCUGGUGAAAGAUGAAAACAGUAGCCAGAAGAGGCUUUCUGUGAGGCAAACCCGAAUCCUGCAGCUGGAUGAAGACGUUCUGAGUCUCAGGUACUCGCCCAAUCAGAACCUGCUGGCUGUGUCUUUGCUGGACUGCACUGUGAAGAUUUUCUAUGUCGACACCUUAAAGUUUUUCCUCUCACUGUAUGGACACAAACUGCCUGUUAUAUGCAUGGACAUCUCUUAUGACGGAACACUGAUAGCAACCGGCUCUGCCGACAGGAAUGUGAAAAUCUGGGGUUUGGACUUCGGGGACUGCCACAAGUCUCUCUUCGCACACGAUGACAGUGUGAUGUACCUACAGUUUGUCCCCAAGUCUCACCUCUUUUUCACCGCCGGGAAGGACCGGAAGAUCAAGCAGUGGGACGCGGACAAUUUUGAGCACAUACAGACUCUGGAGGGGCACCACCAGGAGAUAUGGUGCUUGGCUGUAAGCCCCAAUGGAGACUACGUCGUGUCGUCAUCCCAUGACAAAUCUCUGAGACUUUGGGAGAGAACAAGGGAGCCUCUUAUUCUUGAGGAGGAGAGGGAAAUGCAAAGGGAAGCAGAAUAUGAGGAGAGUGUGGCCAAAGAAGACCAACCAGCAGUUCCAGGGGAGACUCAAGGAGAAAAUUACUUUACUGGAAAGAAAACUAUUGAAACAGUCAAAGCAGCUGAGAGGAUCAUGGAGGCUGUGGAACUAUACAGAGAAGAAAGUGCAAAAAUGAAAGAACACAAAGCCAUUUGUAAAGCUGCAGGGAAAGAGGUUCCUCUCCCCACCAACCCCAUCCUGAUGGCUCAUGGCAAUAUUUCUCCUUCAGCUUACGUGUUGGAGAUUUUUAAAGGAAUCAAGUCAAGUGAGCUGGAGGAGUCGCUCCUGGUGCUGCCCUUCUCCUACGUCCCCGACAUCCUGAAACUCUUCAACGAGUUCAUCCAGCUGGGCUCUGACGUUGAACUUCUGUGCAGGUGCCUCUUCUUCCUCCUCAGGAUUCACUUUGGGCAGAUCACUAGCAACCAAAUGCUUGUGCCAGUGAUUGAAAAAUUAAAGGAGACAACUAUUUCAAAAGUCAGCCAAGUCCGGGAUGUCAUCGGCUUCAACCUGGCGGGUCUGAACUACCUCAAGAGGGAGUGCGAGGCAAAAAGUGAAGUGAUGUUUUUCGCUGAUGCGACCAGCCACUUGGAAGAGAAGAAGAGGAAGAGGAAAAAGAGGGAGAAGCUGAUUUUAACACUGACCUAG